GAACACUUUACCCUCAACUUCUACAAAGCAACAACCCUUCCCCUUUCUACUCACCCAUUCCCCAUUCCAGUUCUCAGUUCUCAACACACCAACGGUUACAUUGUCUAUAUAACCCCCGCCACCCACUAACUCCUCAAAUUAAACCCACCCUAAAAAACCGUUCCUAACGGCUACAUUUCCCUCCCUAUUUCCUCCCUCCGUCCUCCCUCUCGCUGAAAAUGGUUACAAACUUCUCUUUCUCUCUCCUUCUAUCUUUCAUCUGCAUCACAGCACCCUUCUCACACGCAUCUACCCUUAGAAACACCAUUUCCACCGCCAGAAACGACGGCGCAGUGUCGGUGGUGCUUUGGUGCGUGGCCAAGAACAAUGCCGAGGACUCGGCCCUCCAGUCCGCUUUAGACUGGGCUUGUGGGCCAGGAGGUGCCGACUGCGGUUCCAUCCAGCAAGGUGGGCCCUGCUACGACCCCUCCGAUAUCCAGAGAAUGGCGUCGUUUGCCUUCAAUAAUUACUUUCUCAAGCAUGGCUUGACCGAGGACAGCUGUAACUUUGACAAUACAGCCGCCCUCACUUCUCUAAACCCUAGUAAGAUUUAA